AUGAAUCCUAAUCCAUGGCGAGGACUAAAACUACUUCGUCCUGUGCCGCCACCUGAGCCACCAUCACCACUGCCGCCCACCACCAUCGCUGGCCACCGGCCCCACAACUAUCAUGCCCCACCACCAGCCACACCGUCACCACCACAGCCACCCGCCCCACCACCACGCCAGCCCAACCACCGCAAUCACCACUACCGCCAGCCACCGGCCCACCACCAUCGUUGGCCACCGGUCCCCCAGCAACUAUCAUGCCCGACCACGGCCUCACCGCCACCGCCACCACCACCACCAUUGCCACCCGCCCCACCACCACCGCCGCCCCCAGCCCAACCACCGCCACCACCACUGCCAAUGCCACCCGCCCCACCACCACCGCCAGCCCAACCACCGGCCCCACCACAACCACCACCAUCGCUGGCCACCGGCCCCACAACUAUCAUGCCCCACCACCAGCCACACUGUCACCACCACCACCACUGCCACCCACCACCACCAUCAGCCCAACCACCGCCCCACCACCAUCGCUGGCCACCGGCCCCACAACUAUCUUGCCCCACCACCGGCCACACUGUCACCACCACUGCCACCACCAGCCCAACCACUGCCACCACCACUACCGCCAGCCACCGGCCCCACCACCGGCCCACCAUCGCUGGCCACUGGCCCCACAACUAUCAUGCCCCUCGACCGGCCACACCACUGCCACCCGCCCCACCACCACUACCGCCAGCCACCGGCCCCACCACAACCACCACCAUCGCUGGCCACCGGCCCCACAACUAUCAUGCCCCACCACCAGCCACACUGUCACCACCACCACUGCCACCCACCAGCACCACCAGCCCAACCACCGCCCCACCACCAUCUCUGGCCACCGGCCCACCACCAUCGUUGACCACCGGUCCCCCAACAACUAUCAUGCCCCACCGCCACCACCACUGCCACCUGCCCCACCACCACCACCGCCCCCAGCCCAACCACCGCCCCACCACCAUCGCUGGCCACCGGCCCCACAACUAUCAUGCCCCACCACCGGCCACACCGUCACCACCACCACUGCCACCCGCCCCACCACCACCAGCCCAACCACUGCCAACACCAUUACCGCCAGCCACCGGCCCCACCACCACCACCAGCCCACCAUCGCUGGCCACCGGCCCCACAACUAUCAUGCCCCUCCACCAGUCACACCGUCACCACAACCCGCCUCACCACCACCAUCGCUGGCCACUGGCCCCACAACUAUCAGGCCCCACCACCGGCCACACCGGCCCAACCACCACCAGCGGCCACCAGCCCUACCACCACUGGCCCCACCGCUGCCGGCCCCACCAGCGGCCCCAGAAGUCGGUCAUUGCACAUCUCCAGGCACUCCUGUGA